CCCCUUUCUUUACUUUCUUCUUUUCUUCUCUUGACUCGUCAAAAUAUGGAAGUAGAACCAUAUAAUCCUUCAAAGAAUAUACCUGAUCAGCAGCCAAGAGCCAAAGAGCCAUCCUGCUCCAUUAACUCUCAAUCAGCUACUUCUACACUCUCUGUACAUCGUGAACUAUCAGAAAAAACGUCAACGGCAUCAGAAAAGAAAAAAUUUGACUACAAGUCAUGGCUACUAUGGUGGAACUCUGAAGAAUGGUGGCCAUGUUGGAUUGGCCUCAUCUUUUUUGGAUGCAUCACUUCUGCUGUUAAGCACAAUAUACCCUCACCUAAAUUUUUACCCUGGGAAAAAAAUCCAUUUCUUACUUUUGCCACACCCGGCAACUAUGGACUCUUGGUCAUCUGUGUCAUGAUGGGAGCACUUCUUUGGUUAUCUAUGGCGGCUACCCGCGCACGAAAUUGGAAAAAGUUCCCCUUGGGUUAUUCUGUAGUAUUCAUUAUUGCGCUUAUUAGCAAAAUGCUUGCCAGCAAUGUUACAUUACACAAGGCAAGUAUUGGUGACUCCAUAUGGGCCAUUAUCUUGGGAUGCCUUCUUCGCAACCUGAUUCCUUUUUUUAUCAAGUCAAACAGUCUGCCUCCAUGGUUAAAGAUUGCACAGCAAACAGAACCUUAUAUUGCUAUCAGUUUGGUGCUUCUCUGUAUUGAUAUAAGUGUUCUCAGACCAUUGGCCCCUCGUGCCUUGUUUGUUAGCUGGAUUGAUACCCCUACCUUAUUCAUGAUUGUUGCUUAUUUUGGUUGGAAGAUGCUAAAGAUUGAUACCCAAACAGCCAUCAUUAUGUCAGGAGCUACUUUCAUUUGUGGAUCUUCUGCCGCUAUUGCCUUGGGUUCUAGUAUGGGCGUGCCCCAUAAAACAGAGAUGCCAAUUGCAAUCAUAUCCAUCUUUACUAUUCCUAGUAUCAUUGCCUUACCUUAUAUUGCCAAGCGAUUUGAUUUUUCAGCUACCGUGAGUGGUGCUUGGUUUGGCGGCUGUGUCGAUUCCACUGGCGCCGUUAUUGCUGCCGCAAGCAUCUAUGGUGACAAAGAAGCCAUUGAUACAUCUGCUGUUGUCAAGAUGAUGCAAAACAUCCUAAUAGGACCAUUAUCAGUUCUAAUGGCGUGGGCUUGGUCACGGUAUGAGCUAAAGGCUGCUUAUAAGCUAGAGGAAGAGCUUCUUAGAAGAAGUGAAAAUUUGGAUGACGUUACAGUACAGGAUAAUGAGCAUGAUAAUGCUAUAGAAGAUACAAACACACCAACCGUGAAGCGUCCUCGAAAUACCCAUGCAUUGAAUAAACCUAAAGAAAAGGCAUAUGUCCUCUUAUGGAAACGAUUCCCCAAGUUCGUCCUUGGCUUCAUCAUAACGGCAAUCUUGUUUAAUACAACCAUAGAUAACAACCCUGAAACGCGUUCUCUUGUCAACUCAUUCUGUUUUUAUGUCUCUGAAUGGUUUUCAACACUUUCAUUCGUCAGCAUCGGUUUAGGCCUCCAAAUCAAUGAAAUGAAGCAAAAUAUACGAAGCUUAGGAAAGCUAAUCACGCUUUAUAUUAUUGCACAAAUGGUUGAUAUUGUUGUUACAUGUGUUUUAGCAUGGGCAGCAUUUGUCCACAUGUAAAUAUGAUUUUAUAGAUACUAUUGACGGUUUCAUUUCACUGCAUAUCCCCCUUGUUUAAAUAUCUCCCUUGAAUAAAACAAAAAAAAAUACUC